AUGGCUACUGAGCAAGCACUCCCCAGCACUAACGCAGACGGCAGUCAGAUUACCAUGCAUGAAAGGUCCGCCAUCGAGUCCCUUCUCGAUAGACAUAUUGAGUGUCUAGGACUGAAUGACGACGGGAUCGAAGGCGAAGAAGGCCAAGAAGCACUGUACUACUCAAAAGUUUUUUACGAGUCGCCACCGGCCGGGGGGGGAAAGGGGGCAGCAGCUUCGCGCCUCACUCGUUUCGGGGCUGUUAGCAGCUUCGCGCCUCAUUUUCUCCUCAUUACAGGGGGCAGCAGCUUCGCGCCUCAUGUUCUCCAUCCCCCAUCUCCAGGACGGUCACCCCUGAGUGUCCGCAACGUCAGUAAAAUCGACCUGGAGUCGCCCAAGGUCAACGCAGACGCCAGUAAAGCACUCCCGAACACUAACGAGGGUGUCAAGUCGACCAAGUCUACCCGAUCCAACGCCAAAUGUAGAAUUUCUGGCGAUAUGGCCGACAUUGACUUGGAUCCGCCACAAACGAGAUUCAAGGUCAGAAGAUUGUCGAAGCUGGCUGAGUCUCAGCCCAGAGGUAACUGGCGAAUUACCGACUAA